AAACCUGAAAAAAAAACAGUUUUUAAAACUUUGAAAACUGGAAAAAACAAACAUGGAUUCGAUCGUUCUGCAUUUUAUAUUGCUUUCUGUACCUCUCCUAAGAGUUGCGCCGCAGUUCACUGCUGGUGGAUGUACUUUUGAUGAUGGUCUUGCUCAGUGUGAUUACCAGCAAGAUCCAUAUGAUGACUUUGACUGGACACAUGUGAGUGCUCAGGAAGCUCCAUAUUUAUCUGCUGAACUACCACAAGGCUCUUAUAUGAUGGUUGACUCUUCACAGCAUGAUGCUGGAGAAAAAGCACGGAUCCAGCUGCCAGUGAUGAAAGAAAAUGAUACACACUGCAUUGACUUUAACUACUUAUUGUACACCCAAGACGGCUCAAGCCCAGGAACGUUAAACAUUUUAGUAAAGGUCAACAAGGGUCCUCUUGCUAAUCCCAUCUGGAAUGUGACCAGUUACACUGGCAAAGACUGGCUUCGAGCAGAACUGGCAGUCAGCACCUUCUGGCCCAAUGAAUAUCAGGUUAUAUUUGAAGCUGAAGUCUCAGAUGGCAAGACUGGUUACAUUGCAAUUGAUGACAUCCAGGUUUUGAGCUAUCCAUGUGAUAAAUCACCACACUUUCUACGACUUGGGGAUGUGGAAGUUAAUGCAGGGCAGAAUGCAACUUUCCAGUGUAUCGCUACUGGGAGAGACGCUGUGAAUAACAAGCUUUGGCUUCAGAGAAGGAAUGGAGAAGACAUUCCAGUGGCUCAAACAAAGAACAUCAACCAUAGGAGAUUUGCUGCUUCAUUUCGGCUAAAGGAAGUGACCCAUCUUGACCAAGACCUGUAUCGCUGUGUGACUCAGUCUGAAAGGGGCUCUGGAGUGUCAAACUUCGCUGAACUCAUUGUUCGAGAACCUCCUAAACCUAUAGCGCCUCCUCAGCUGCUGGGAGUUGGACCCACGUAUCUUCUUAUCCAAUUGAAUGCCAACUCUAUAUUUGGCGAUGGGCCUAUCAUAUUGAAAGAAGUGGAGUAUCGCAUGACGUCUGGAUCUUGGACUGAGACCCAUGCUGUAAAUGCUCCCACCUACAAACUAUGGCACUUGGACCCGGACACCGAGUAUGAAAUAAGAGUUCUUCUCACCAGACCUGGGGAAGGAGGUACCGGGCAGCCAGGGCCCCCUCUUAUCACCAGGACCAAAUGUGCUGAACCAAUGAGGACCCCUAAAAGUCUGAAGAUUGCAGAGACCCAGGCCAGGUUCAUAGCGGUGGACUGGGAGUCACUGGGCUACAAUAUUACACGAUGCCACACGUUCAAUGUCACAAUUUGCUACCACUACUUCAAUGGCAAUAACGAGAGCAAAGCUGAUUGCUUGGACAUGGACCCCAAAGCUCCGCGACACAUUGUUGGAAACCUUCCCCCAAACACAAAUGUGAGCCUUAAAAUGAUCCUCACCAACCCCGAAGGCCGAAAGGAGAGUGAUGAAGUGGUCAUUCAAACAGAUGAAGACGUGCCUAGUCCAGUCCCCAGUGAGUCAACGAAAGCCACACCAUUUGAAGACCGAAUCUUCCUCUACUGGAAAGAGCCCUUGGAGCCAAAUGGCAUCAUCACUCAGUAUGAGAUUAGUUACAGUAGCAUUAGAUCCUUUGAUCCUUCAAUCCACUUGUUACGGCCUCCAUUGACAGUGGCUCUACCCUGGAACAGCACUCAUCACGUGUUCUCCCAGCUUCACCCUGGGACCACUUACCAGUUUGUCAUCAGAGCCAGCACAGUGAAGGGUUUUGGGCCGCCAACUGUUCUGAACGUCACCACCAACAUUUCUGCCCCCACUUUAAUGGAAUAUGAAGGCUUUGAAGCUUUUUUGAAUGAGACUGCCACCACCAUCACUGUGCUGCUCAAGCCUGCGCAAGCGAAAGGUGCCCCUAUCAGUGCCUACCAGAUUGUUGUGGAAGAGCUGAACCCUCACAGAACUAAGAGAGAAGCAAGCUCCAUGGAUUGCUACCAAGUCCCAGUCACCUACCAGAGUGCGACCAGUGGAGGGUCCCCAUACUAUUUUGCUGCAGAGCUCCCACCUGGCAAUCUUCCUGAGCCUUCUCCAUUUACAGUAGGAGACAACAAAACCUACCAUGGGUUUUGGAAUCCACCUCUGGCCCCGAGGAAAAACUAUAACAUCUACUUCCAGGCUGUUAGCAGUGUAGAAAAGGAAACAAAAACCCAGUGUCUCAGACUUGCAACAAAAGCAGCAGCUACUGAAGAACCUGAGGUCAUCCCAGAUCCUGCUAAGCAAACCGACAGAGUGGUGAAAAUUGCAGGCAUCAGUGCCGGAGUCCUUGUUUUCAUUCUUCUGCUUCUUGUUGUCAUACUGAUUGUCAAGAAGAGGAGGAGCUACUAUUCUUACUCAUAUUACCUGAAACUUGCCAAGAAGAGAAAGGAUGCCAUCGGCAACACACGCCAGGAGAUGACACAUAUGGUCAAUGCGAUGGACAGGAGUUAUGCUGACCAGAGUACACUUCAUGCAGAGGAUCCCUUGUCUGUCACCUUCAUGGACUCACAUAACUUCAGCAAUAGGUUGCCCAAUGAUCCACUUGUGCCGACUGCUGUGCUAGUGCCGAUAACUGAUGAAAACCACACUGCAGCAGCAGAGUCCAGUAGGUUGCUGGAUGUGCCCCGCUAUCACUGCGAAGGGACAGAGUCACCUUAUCAGACAGGACAGCUACAUCCGGCCAUCAGGGUGGCUGAUUUGCUACAGCACAUUAAUUUGAUGAAGACAUCUGACAGCUAUGGAUUCAAAGAAGAAUACGAGAGUUUCUUUGAAGGCCAGUCUGCUUCAUGGGAUGUAGCGAAAAAGGAACAAAACAGAACUAAAAACCGUUAUGGAAACAUUAUCGCAUAUGAUCACUCUAGAGUUAUCUUGCAACCAAUGGAAGAUGAUCCUUCCUCUGAUUACAUUAAUGCCAAUUACAUUGAUAUAUGGCUGUACAGGGAUGGAUAUCAGAGACCCAGUCAUUACAUUGCUACUCAAGGUCCAGUUCAUGAAACAGUUUAUGAUUUUUGGAGGAUGAUCUGGCAAGAGCAAUCUGCUUGUAUAGUAAUGGUUACUAAUCUGGUUGAAGUUGGACGGGUGAAAUGCUACAAGUACUGGCCAGAUGAUGCUGAGGUUUAUGGAGAUUUCAAAGUAACAUUUGUGGAAGUGGAGCCUCUUGCAGAAUAUGUUGUGAGAACAUUCACAUUAGAGAGGAGAGGUUUCAAUGAACUGCGUGAGGUAAAGCAGUUCCAUUUCACCGGCUGGCCUGACCACGGUGUUCCCUAUCAUGCGACCGGCCUGCUUUCUUUCAUACGACGUGUGAAAAUGUCAAACCCACCUAGCGCAGGGCCCAUUGUUGUUCACUGCAGUGCUGGAGCAGGACGGACUGGCUGUUACAUUGUCAUCGAUAUCAUGCUGGAUAUGGCUGAAAGAGAGGGAGUCGUGGACAUUUAUAACUGUGUGAAAGCCCUGCGUUCCCGCCGUAUAAACAUGGUUCAGACUGAGGAACAAUACAUUUUUAUCCAUGACGCAAUUCUGGAAGCAUGCCUGUGUGGAGAGACAGCCAUACCUGCAUGUGAAUUCAAAGCAACGUACUAUGACAUGAUUAGAAUAGACUCCCAGAGUAACUCUUCCCACCUUAAAGAUGAAUUCCAGACACUGAAUUCUGUGACUCCUCAACCCCAGCCUGAGGACUGCAGCAUUGCUCUUUUGCCCAGAAAUCAUGAGAAGAACCGUUUUAUGGACAUGCUGCCUCCAGACAGAUGUCUUCCUUUCCUUAUUACUAUUGAUGGGGAGAGCAGUAACUACAUUAAUGCUGCUCUGAUGGAUCCGUCAGAAGAAUUCCAGAGCUACAGACAACCUGCUGCCUUUAUUGUCACACAACAUCCUUUGCCCAACACUGUAAAGGACUUCUGGAGACUAGUGUAUGACUAUGGCUGCACGUCUGUGGUGAUGCUAAAUGAGAUUGACCUCACACAGGGUUGCCCACAGUAUUGGCCAGAAGAAGGUGUUCUUCGCUACGGCCCUAUACAAGUUGAAUGUAUGUCUUGCUCCAUGGAUUGUGAUGUGAUAAGCCGUCUUUUCAGGAUAUGUAAUCUUACCAGGCCACAGGAGGGAUACCUCAUGGUGCGUCAGUUUCAGUACCUGGGAUGGGCCUCACACAGAGAAGUGCCAGCAUCCAAGCGCUCUUUCUUGAAGCUCAUCAUGCAGGUUGAUAAAUGGCAGGAGGAGUGUGAAGAAGGAGAAGGAAGAACAAUAAUUCACUGCCUAAAUGGAGGAGGCCGCAGUGGAAUGUUCUGUGCCAUCAGCAUUGUUUGUGAAAUGAUUAAGCGGCAAAAUGUGGUUGAUGUUUUCCAUGCGGUUAAAAGUCUUCGGAACUGCAAGCCAAACAUGGUGGAAAGCCCUGAACAAUACCGCUUCUGUUAUGACCUUGCCCUGGAAUAUUUAGAGACCUCAUAACUGGAUAACACUUACUGGAUACUGCCUGAUUACACCUGUUACAGCUUCAAGAGUUAAUCUGAUCAAGGAAUCAAACAAAAGCACAGUCUUCAAGACUGAAGUUUGAUUUUUAUUUUUUUUAUAUGGUCAUUCUUAAUAUGCUGGGAAUCUCAACUUUAAAGAUGUAACUCAUUUAUAAAUGUCAGCAUUGUACUAAACAGUGUUCAGUGCCACUUAAUUAUGUGCUGGCCAUACUGUAGGUCAGAUUUGCUUCAAUGUUGUUUUACAUUCUCUGACUUUUUUUAUGUGCAGCCAUUGUAAAGAGUAACACUAAUGCCAACGUGUUGCAUGCAAAUGUUUUCUAUAUAUAUUUUUAAUAACCAAAAUCACAACUAAUCACAUGUUGUCCUGGAAAGGUUUAAUGCACUCUUUAUAUAUCAAAGUGCUGCAGUGUAACAUUGGCUUAGUACCAUUUGUAUUGUGCAAUGAUGGCUGAUUUUUUCCUUCUGUAGCAAAUCUAAAUCAUAAGCCAAAGACUUUUGUGUAAAUAUGUCUAUAUGGAUAAAGCACAUUGUUUGUAUUUAUUGUUUACUUGCAUUCCUUUUUGAAGGUUAAAGAAACAAUCAUUUUCACCCCCCUGCUCCUGGAAUUUAAAAUGUUUGCAUUUACGUAUUUUUUUAUGUAUUAGUGUAAGUAGGGCAUACUUUUUAAAGGCUUAGACCUCUACAUGUUGUUAUAGUGAUUUGUGUAAAUGCUUGUGAUGUCUGUCCAUGCAGAUAAGAUUUGAAAAGGUCAAUAACAUGACCACAAAAUCUAUUUUUUUCUUAAAAUGUAAUGUUUUCACAGUUGUAUUAGUAUUUUAAAAAAGAACACCUAUAAUGUGUGCGCACAGUAUUAGAGACAUCUUACAGAGGUUUAAGCCAAUUCAAGGGAACCAAUGCACAGCCAGGCAAGCUUCAAUCAACUAGGAAUAUAUGUAGAGCAUCAAUGUAAGCAUGUAGGAAACAAACACUUAAUUAUAUGUGGAGUUCAAUCAUUUUAUUUUUUGAUGUUUGUAAUUGUUGGCUUUUGGCUGUAAGAAAAUCAACUUUGAAUUAAAAAAACAAAUCAAAUGAA